AUGUGUAAGUAUAAUAAAAAUAAAUUGAAAAAAAUACUAAAAUUUUGAUGUCAUUGGCAAAAAUAUUCCAAUCAAAAUCAAGCAAUAUAGAAGGGUCUGAGGAUACUAAUGACAUAGCUGGCAUUAUACAUCUCAAUUACAUAGAUUUAAUAGUAUUGAUCGUUUACUUCUUAUUCGUGCUGGGAUUAGGAUUUUGGACUUCGCUCAAGGUAUCUAAGAACGUCAGUGGUUAUUUUUUAGCUGGUAGAACAAUUUCAUGGAUACCUGUUGGAGCAUCCCUUUUUUCCAGUAAUAUUGGUAGUGGUCAUUUUGUCGGAUUAGCUGGAGGAGCCGCCGCUGGAGGUUUAGGAACAGCUGUUUUUGAACUCAAUGCAUUAUUCGUAGUUCUGAUACUUGCAUGGGUGUUUGUACCUGUAUAUAUAGCAUCCGAGGUAUUUACUAUGCCAGAAUAUAUCAAGAAACGUUUUGGCGGGAAAAGAAUACGUUUAGUUUUAUCCUUGAUAGCGUUGGUCCUGUAUAUUUUCACCAAAAUAUCGGCAGAUUUAUUUGCGGGCGCUAUAUUUUUGGAACAAGCGUUAAAUUGGAACCUCUAUUUAGCCGUAGUUAUAUUAUUGAUUGUUUCAGCCCUUUUUACCAUUACAGGUGGUUUGGCGGCUGUGAUAUAUACCGAUACAUUACAAACCGUAGUUAUGUUAAUCGGAGCACUGACACUUUCGAUUUUAAGCUUUAUCAAAGUAGGCGGUUUUAAUGCUGUGUACGAAAAGUUUUUUUACGCCAUCCCUAAAACAACUUUAUAUAGUAAUUCAACCUGCGGAAUUCCACCAAAAUAUUCACUGAAUAUCAUGAGAGAUUUGAAGAGCGAUUUGCCCUGGACUGGUAGUAUAUUUGGAUUAACAGUUUCUGCUAUUUGGUAUUGGUGCUCAGAUCAGGUAAUCGUACAAAGAACUUUAGCUAGCAAAAAUUUGACGCAUGCAAAAGGUGGCUGCAUAUUAGCGGGAUAUUUAAAAAUUCUACCUGUGUUUCUUAUCAUUUUUCCGGGAAUGAUUUCAAGAAUUUUAUAUCCAGAUAUGGUUGGUUGCGCAGAUCCAGACGAUUGUUUUAGACGUUGUGGAAUGAGACACGGUUGUUCGAAUAUAGCGUAUCCUCAAUUAGUUUUAAAAAUUAUGCCAGUGGGAGCAAAAGGAUUAAUGACAUCUGUUAUGAUUGCAGCGUUGAUGAGCUCUUUAACUUCAAUAUUUAAUAGUGCCAGCACGAUAUUUACUAUAGAUAUAUGGACAAGAAUUCGGAAGAGAGCCUCGGAAACCGAAUUAUUAAUUGUAGGAAGGCUUUUUGUCAUCGUAUUAGUCGUUAUAAGUAUAAUUUGGAUACCCGUUAUUCAGGGAUCUAAAGGAACGCGGCUUUUUGAUUAUAUUCAAAGUAUAACAUCUUUUCUUGCGCCACCAAUUUGCGCUAUAUACGUUUUGGCGGUAUUAUGUCCUAGAGUAAAUGAGAAGGGUGCUUUUUGGGGGAUGAUUAUGGGAUUGGCAAUUGGAAUCACUCGAUUUAUACUAGAAUAUUCCUACCCUGAUCCAAGCUGCGGUUCCGAUGUAGAUCUAAGACCCUUGAUUGUGUCUAAGAUACAUUAUCUAAACUUCGGAAUUAUAUUGUUCGUUCUAUCUGUGAUUUUCAUAUACUCAAUAAGCAUGAUGACUGAACCAAUUCAUGAAAAAUACCUGAACCGAUUAACGUUUUGGACGAGAUAUAGCAGAGAGCCCCUUUUAGAAAAUAUUCCUGUUAACGAUUGGAAAAAAGAAGAUGAGUUAUUUGAUCUAGAACUCGAAAACUUAAAUACAAACAAUGAUGAUGAUCAUGAGGGAAAGUAAAAACGAUGCAAAAAAUUACUAAACCAAGUAAAACUAUCAAAGAGCACGCAUAAUAUACAAAAAGCACAGCAAAAUGACGCAAUAUCACAAAAUGGCGCAAAAGGUAAAUUUGCAAAUGCACCCAAAGUAUGCAAAAAACAGGCAAAAUGAUGCAAAAUCACAGUAAAGCACACAAAAUGACGCAAAUAGAUAUAAUAAAAUAGUGAAUUUUAAAACUAUUAAUAAUUUUUUUGGUAAAUAGUUCAAAAUCGUUUUAAAUAAAUCU